AUGUGGAGAUACCUGCAUAAAUCAGUCAAAAAAGAAGUGACCAUGAGACGGCUUACUAACCCCAACCUAGUUACCAAUCAUCGGUCCAAAUUCUAUUCCACUUUAAAGGAGCAAAAUUUCUGGAGAACACCAUUCAAAAGAAGGAGCAAUUUUCAGAAAUGGGUAUUAUCGACAGGUAUUAUAAGUUUCAUUACCUUCAAUAUAUGGUGGGUUUAUUGGCCACAUCAUACUUUUCCCAAACCCGUGGCUAAAAUAUUAAGGAAGGGGUUACAUUCAGAAAUUAAGAAAGAAGGUGCGAACUUCCAAAAAAGCCUUGAGUAUUACCUCAAAGCUUUGGAAGAAUGCAAAGCUGAAAACAUGGACCCUCUUUCGGAUGAAUAUACCGGUAUUGAAAUCAAAAUUGGAGAAAUGUAUGAGAAAUUGCAUUCGUACAAUGAUGCCGCAUCUUUAUAUGAAGGCAUGCUCAAAAGGUUCUUCGAUGAAUUAAGCAAACCUACUGAUAAGUCAAAGAAGAGAAAAUCCAUGUUGUUGAAAAGAGAUCUCCAACUUUUGAUAAGAUUCAUUGAAAUAAAUAAAGACUCUGAAGUGAACGCAACGUUACUGAUAAUGCACCUUUUAUUAGCUCAACGAGAAUUUUUGCAGAACUCGCCGGAAGUCAAAAAUAUUCUUUCUAAAUCGGGACUCUUAAACGAUCAACAACUUGACUGGAAGAAUUUCAAAGGACUACCCUUUAUUGGAAAAUCCAAAGUGGACUAUCAAAAGCAUUUGAACUUCAAGAGCAAACAGGAUAUAAAGAUAAAGGAACAUGAAAGUGAACGAUGUGUUUUCAUGAAAGAACUCUUGACUGCAAGAGAGUUAUAUACCCGGUAUUGUCUCACUCAGACCAACCUUCUUGGGGCCUUGAAUAGCAAAAUAACAACACUAGAAUGGAUGCUAUUAACAGAUAGUCCUCUUGAUGAGGUCUUGCUUGCCCAGGCAGAGCUUGGGUCAAUUUUUUACUUAAAUUCAGAGAAGUUUGAAGGAAGUCUAUACACUAUCGACAAUCAACCAUACGAAAAAUCUGAAAAUUUAGAAUCUAUCCGAUCCAAGUUACAAGAAAACCAGAAUGCUUGCUUACAGUAUUCGGCUGACUGCUAUAGAAGCAUUAUCAGCUUUGCCGAUGAAAAUCAAUAUCCAAAGAUUGCAACGGAAAGCGAAAUGGAUCAGAGAAUCCUCAAGGCAUUAUCCCUUGCUUGCUACGGUGUCGGUGUGAUAAAUUUGCAUAAGGGACGUUUGAAGGCGUCUAAGAAAGAACUUAAAAGGGCUAUUCGAAUUUCAGAGAUGAUACGUUUUAAUGAGCUCAUUAAGGAAGCUAAACGCGAACUUAAAAAGGCUGAUGAUAUAUCAAUAUAA